UCCUCCAAAUCGAAGAGGAAAGGCUCUUGGACCAUGCUUGGUGGAGGGUAUUGGUAUCAAAAGGUAACCUUCACAGCUUCACUUGGGAUCAUGAAAAAACGUAGGCUCAACUCCAACAGCUGGGAUUGGAUGAGCACGUGAAGAAUCAGAGCCACCUCCUUAACUCACAACACUUCUCUGUGGAACCCACAACCCCCAUAAGGCCAAUCAAUAAAACAAAAAAUGACAAAAACCCACUAAUGGAUCCCUUAAAAAUGAGUAUUUUACAAGGAUGCUGCCUCUUCUCGACCCGUUUUCACAUGGUUUCUGAUCCUCUCCAUUCAAUAUCAUUACCAAAACACCCUUGAUGACUAUAUCAAAAUGUGAAUUACCUCAAGGACAAAAAGGGGUACUAGCAUAUAUUUAGUGGAGGCAAGGAAUCUCUGCCAAAAAUUAUAUAUAUUCCAUGAGGUUGGCUGCUACUAGCUUAUUAUUGGGCAGCUUAAUCCUCAAGGAGCCUGAAAAAAAAAUGAAAAAAGAAAAAAAAAGAUUGAACCAAAUAUCACCAUCUGAGAAGUUACAUUUGUAAAGUUAAUAACAGAGAAGGAAUAAUGGAACAAAAGACCAGGCUGUUAAAGAAAAAAAAAGAAGAAGCUGUGACUUGUAACAAAGGAGGAGCAUUAUAAUUUUGAAAGCUACCUAUCAAGAACAAACGAUCUAUCUUGUUGCUUUCUUCUUUCUAUGUUGUUGUUGUUGUUGAUGGUGCAAUGGCAGCUUAGAAGCACACAUAUCUAACUCAGAUGGGGAAGACAGGCAAAUGGCUUAGAAGCUUCUUGACAGGAAAGAAGGACAAGGAGAAGGACAAGGAGAAGGACAAGGAAAAAUGUCCCACAAACCAGAGUUGUUCUGUUGCAAGUCAUGAGAAUCCAACAACUCCAAUUUCCAAUUCACAGACAACACCGAAAGAGAAGAGGAGAUGGAGUUUCAGAAGAUCAUCAGCCACAGCAGCAGCAGCAGCAGCAGCAUCAGCUGCAGCUCCAAGAGACUCCAGUUUUAUAGAUGCAAUGCCCACCACACCACCGUCUAUGCACACCACAUUGGACUCUCAGAAUUAUGAGCAGAAAAAACAUGCCCUGGCUAUGGCUGCGGCCACAGCUGCAGUCGCUGAUGCAGCUGUGGCUGCUGCGCAAGCUGCAGCCGCUGUGAUCCGGCUUACAGCUGCUGCCAGUGAGAAAGCCAGUGCAUCUGAAGAGGCAGCAGCUGUCAAAAUUCAAUCUGUCUUCCGUUCAUAUUUGGCAAGAAAAGCACUGUGUGCCUUGAAAGGAUUAGUGAAGUUGCAGGCGUUGGUAAGGGGUCACCUGGUGAGAAAACAGGCCAAAGCUACACUAAGGUGCAUGCAGGCAUUGGUGACAGCACAGGCUCGAGCUCUGGCUCAGAGGAUCCGGAUGGCUGAAGAUGAAAAUACUGUUAUUCCUCCUAGACAUUCCACCCCCAGAAGAUCUUUGCAGGAAAAUCGGUUCCGGCAUACAUAUAAUGAAAUGGACAGAGGCAUGGAAGAGAACAUUAAGAUCGUGGAGAUGGAUCUUGGAGAGUCAAAGGGAAUUUUGAAGAGCAGAAAUAGCAGCUAUUCAAACCUCUCACAAACAGAGAGAACAGAACACAGAUUUUCCACUCAGCAUGCACCGAAUCAAGCCUACUCAAACCAAGACAGCUACAACCAGCUCUCCCCAGCUCCAUCAGCUCUCACUGACUUGAGCCCUGGAGCCUGCAGCGCACAUUUGGAGGACUAUUCUUUUGGCACAGCACAAAGCAGCCCUCAGUGCUAUUCUGCCAUGUCCAAACUUGACCCAUCAAGAGCACCCUUUGCUUUUCCUAGGCCAGAUUAUGGAGAGCCUCUGUCCUAUGACUACCCUUUGUUCCCAAAUUACAUGGCAAACACACAAUCUUCAAAGGCGAAAGCCCGGUCGCAGAGUGCACCAAAGCAAAGGCCUGCAGAUUCAAUUGAGAGGCAGCCAAGCAGGCCGCGGAGGGCGUCCAUGGAAGGAAGGAACAUCCCAAGGGCUGUGAAGAUGCAGAGGUCAUCUUCUCAUGUGAGUUCAACUGCUCAGAAUUACCAGUAUCCUUGGUAUAUCAAGCUUGACAGGUCCACCGUUUCACUCAAAGAAAGUGAAUGUGGCUCCAGCAGUACAGUGCUCACAAACACCAACUACUGCAGAUCUCUUGUUGCAUUUGAUGCACAUGGAAGUAGGUACUAACAGCGCAUCCCUUCCCAAAAUUAUGCUUGCCCCAAAGCAUAAGAAACAUGCAAUAGUGUAAUUAGAGAAUGCAAGCUGCAAUUCAAUAUUGCUGACCUCUUUUUUUUUUCUUGGGAUUUUGGUUCUGAUUCUUGUGUCAUUGCAGCAAGAGUGUGUAUUUUAUUAAGUUCCUUGAUUUGCUUGUGUAGUGUCCCAUUUUGCAUCUGAUGUUUGUAUGUAGACAUUUUGGCUAAAUAUGUGUUCCUGAGGCUAAAUUCUCAGAUAAACUUAUCAGGAGCACAGUGUAAUUGGAUUGUAAUCUGUGUAUAGAGAAUUUAUUCUGCAUGAUUUUUUCAAAGACUGCUGCUUAUUCUGUGA